GUGGGCGCGGCGACUGGGGCCGUGGGAACGGCGACUGGACCCAUGGGGCCAGGGACCUGGAGCAAUGGGGAUAGUCACUGGGACAAGGGACUGGUGCAGUGGGAACGGCAACUGGAGCAGUGGGGCUGGAUACUGGACCCAUGGGGCCAGGGGACUGGAGCGGUUUUGCUGGGGACUGGAGCGAUGGGGCCAGGGACUGCAGUGGUGGAAGCUAGAUAGUGGACCCAUGGGGCCAGGGACUGCAGUGGUGGGAGCUAGAUAGUGGACCCAUGGUGGGGAGUGGAGAUUGGGGCAUGUGUACUGGAGAGAUAAGGAUGGUUUCUAGAGCAACGGGGACAGAUGGAUGAGGCAGGGGCCCCGGGGGGAUUCCCCCGCACUUCCCUGCAGGGCUGCAGGCACUCUCCUCUGCUGGGAGCUGGGCUCUUCUCCCCAGGCUCAGCUCUCCCCUCCUACACAGCUCCAGAAAUACUUACAGGCAGGCAGAUUCAUCAUAAAUCUUCACGGUGCUGUUUAUACAGCUUCCAAACAACUGGCUUCUCCCCCUCAUUCCUUCCCUGGUUAUUUGCGUGCAUCCGGGGAGCUCUGCUCGAGCAUCUGCAGCCUCGCCACUGCGAUAGUGUGUCUGCUGGUUUUGGCCAGCAACCUGCUGAGCCCAGGUCACCUGCACCACUGGCACUGUUGGAGCUGGCCCGCUCUGCUGGUAGCGGGCCGGUGGCUGGCUGAAGCCCCUCCAUAUGCGGAGGAACUACUCGUGGCACUUGCAGUUGGGUUUGGCGGCCUUUUACACGUGUGCUUUGGGCUCCUUGGUCCCAGGACUCUUUGCCGAGCUUAAUUUGUCCUGACCGCAGGAUGUAAAGAGCAUUGGACAAGGACAGAGUAAAGUUACAGAAGUCUCUGAAGUAACUCAUAAUUUGGUUAUGAGGAAGUGGGUUUCUUGGCUUAUUUAGAGCUGUACUUAUGCAUAAAGCUGCCCUUUUCUAGAGGAGCGUUACACCUGCUUCUUUUUUGGUUACUCUCACUUUUGGUUUGAGCAAAAUGAAUCUGUGGACUUUCUGGGCUGUCACAGUUUGUAUCAGCCUUGAAGAACCUUCACGAUAGUCCUGCUGUUUACAGGGGACUUGGGGCUUUAGCUGAGCGCUGCGUAGCAUUUCAGUUUCUCUACUUGUUCUCGGUUAUAGCAGUUCCCCUGUUGCCACUUUUUGCUGUGCCUCAGGAGAUAUGAGACUCAGAGAGCAGAGCUAGACGUUGCUCGGUAGGGUUUCAUAUUUGCUAAUGCGAUAUUUAAUCUUUCAAAGCUGUGGGAUGAUUUAUAACAGGAUUAUUUGCAUCUCUUUUUUUUAUUGUCAGGGAAGACCAAAGAUCAUCCCUUAUAUUUUUGCGGUAAGGGCUUUAUAUAAGAGCAGAAAGAACACAUGGUGGUUUUAACGUUUACUAUACAACCCUAUCAAAGGGCCUCAUGGUCCCAGCCAGCACCACAGGUGCCUGUGGUGCCAGGUGUGGGAUCUGGCCUUUGUCCUUGCAAAUCACACAUCCCUUUUGUUUCUUCCUAUCUCAAGGUCUGUCAUUACAACAUCUGUUAUUAUUAGCCUAGGUCAGGGGAAGUACAUGCUUUUAACAGCUGCUAAUACAAACUCCUGUUACCCAGGAGGACACAGCACUCUUCUGCAGGAACGGGCGUUCCCUCGCUCGUUCCGGAUCUGUGCCUCCAGAUGCUGCUCUGCUGUUUGCUGGAUUCCACAGAGGAAAGCUGGAUGCUGCCAGGAGUGUCCUUCACAGGCCCAUCCACCAUGCCGAGAGCGGCCGUCGCAAGAGCAUGUCACUGCAGAGUCGGCUCAUCCCUCGUGCUGGUUUGAAAGAGCUUGCAGGUCUUUACCAUGUUAACGUGGCCACAGGCAGCCAUCGCAGUCUACCUGUUGCUGAUUUUGCAGGGGUCCUCUGCAGUGGUGGAAAUCGCAGAAAGAAGAGUUGCAGCUGAAGGGUCCUCCAUAAUGAUGCAUGCACCAGAUAUCAAGAACGUAAACUUCACCGAGUGGGAAUACAUAAGAAACACCACAAUUGAAGUCAUCCUGCAGUACUAUGCAGAUUACCCAUCUCCAACCAUUUAUGCAGCUUACCAAGGCAGAGUGGUCUUCUUUCCAAAGAAUGGCUCGAUUCUCCUGCAGAGGUUACGAGAGACAGACAGCGGCAUCUAUAAAGCAACAGUAGAUCUGAUGCAGGAUAAAGCUUGGACAACCCUCCUUGAAGUUAUCAAGCCUGUGCCCCAGCCUGAGCUCCGGUACAGUUCAAACCUGGCAGGUUCGCCCAUCGAACUGGUCUGCAUGGUGCCAGAGGGAACAGUGGCUUCCAUCUCCUGGAAGAAGGAGGGACAUCCCCUUCCCCCUGAACAGUGCCAUCUGCUCUCUGGAAACAUCAACGUGCUGCAGAUAAGGAAGGGAGAGAAGUCGGACUGUGGCUCCUACUCCUGCAAUGUCAGCAACGUGAUAAGCUGGAAGGAGACAGCCCUGAACCUGACUGUGACAGGUCUCACACCUCCUCUACACCACGUGGAGAGGCUGGCCAUCGUCGUGCUGAUGUUCGUCACCGUCUCCGCCACCAGCUUCAUCAUUAUGCUGCUCUGUCAGCUGAGGAAGCACAGGUUCGGAAAGGAAGCAUGGAAACAUAGCCUUCUGUCCACCUAUGCACUGCUGUGUAUCUCCUCUCUCCUCCUGUUUGCAGCCUCCAUCAUCUGGAUGCUGGAAGAAGGUCCUUCCGCUGCCUUCAUCUUGCUUGGGCUGUUCUUCCUUACUGCGGCAAUAGGAGCUGCCCAGGCAGCAGCAGCAGCGGUGUGGAGACCAGCGGCUCCCGGUCACAUCAAAAUGUGGCACUGUGUCAUCCGGAACUCUACAGCCCCCACAAUACUGAUCGUCAACUUGUUGUUCACCAUCCUUUUGCUCCACAAUAUCCAGCAGCUCCAUGAGCGAGGCUGCUCAGAGGCCACUGAUCUGACGACCAGCUGUGUCUUUGCUGGCGUAACAAUCCUCAUAAUGCUGCUGGUCCUCCUCCUAUUGUAUCACAGGAAUAAGCAGAAGGAGAAGAUGAUGAAAAAACAGCGUGCCAUCCGGACCGCACAAGUCAUGGCCACCUUGCAGAAGACGACUCCAUCCUACUCCCGACCCCCCUCACGGGCUGGUUCCCACCCCAGCGAGCGCUGGACCAGGUCUCACUGCCCAGGUGAGAGCUUUGUUGUUUCCACAGCUGCCUCUGCCCUCAGCUCCCCAGAUGGGCGCUGGUUUACAUCGAUGAAAGGGGAAUGCUAUUUUCGGAAGAAGCCGGCUUCUCACUCUGUGCUGGACCUGCUUUUUCCCGGCUGGGAUGGGGCUCCAGGUCUCCCCUGGUGCAGCCAGGACUUGUCCAGGCUGUUAAGCCGCAGGAGGGUGCUGGGUGCUGCACCCUCUCUGGGGGGGGGCUUCUCCCCCAACCAUCACCACCUCCCUCGACCUCCUUACUUCAAGCCCUGCUUCCCCGCCUGAGCUCCGGCCGGCUGAGCGCCCGUGGCCCUCCCGAAUCCCCACCAAGCCGUGCCGGCAGGGAUGCUGUGGGUAGCAGCAGGCUCUCUUCCCACAUUCACUUAUCCUGUUGCCUACGUUGAGACAUCCCUCAUCCCCACCAGGCUGGAUUCAGGGUGUCCCUCCUCGCUGGGGGAGGAACAGCCCUCUCCCCGGCUGGAUUUAUGGUCGCGAGACGGGUGCUCCACCGCUGUGGCUCGGACAGGGACGGAAAGCCCAGGGCAGGGACACGUACCCAGUAACACUUGCCUGUUAGAGUGCAGCUGCAGGCAGCAAACAAGGAGCAGUUUGGGAUGCUGUGGAUCAAACCUGGGGUGCAGACCUGAGAAUUCUACCAUUUUUUGCCCCCGCUGAGCUUAGACCACACAGAGGAGGAGGAGGAUGGGGAGGAGGAUGGGGAGGGAGUGAUGGCAGAGCCAGGAGCCAGGCAGUGAUGGCUGGGCAGGCAGAUGGCACCUUUGGGGGAUCCACUGGGGUCUUGGCUUGCUCGGGGGGAGCCAGGGAAGGGUUGUGCCCCAGAGAAACACUGGCAGCAGGGACUGCCACACCAUAGCAAGGAGAAAAACAACCUUCCAGCCAGACAGUGCUGGGCCAGGAGCCUGCAUGUCGCUGCAACCCCGUGGCCGGACCAGGACAAGGGACAUGGCAAACCCAGGGAGCUCCAGCCAUUAGCCAGAAUACAAUUAAUUAACUACACCGAGCUACAAACCCUGUGAAAUGGCUCUCAGAGAGCUCAAGGCCCCCGGGGUAUCAGGCCAGAGCUGCAUCCAUCCUGUCCCAGCGCAUUUCAGGUUAUCCGAUCAAGGACCUUUCCUGUGCAAAGGGGGAAGGGAUAAACAAAAGCACAAGGAGACACAGCCCAGGUAGACAGGGGUGAAGGGAGAUGAUGCCAAAGACCAAAAAUCUCCAGUCACUGAUUGAUGGGCCACCAAGAACCAACAGGCAGAGCUUUGGAGAGGACAAACCUGGAGUUUGCAACUGAUAAGAGGGGGGAAGCAGGAGGAACAAGAGGAUUCGGGGUGUUUGAGGGGGGGAUGUGGCACUGCGCAGAACUUAGUAAGGAAUGGUUGGGGGAAGAGGUAGAGAGGAGGAGGGUAAAAGGGACUGGUUGAAUAUAAGCAGUGCUUGUCUGACUGAGCCCUGAUCACCACAGUCUGCCCCAGCUUCUUAUUAAAUCCUUUCUUACCUAUCUCUGUCAUCUCACUCUCCAUCCCAUGCGGGAUGUGCUGUAAGGACUCGGUGCCAGUGAUAGGUGGGGACUGGUGUGAGCAUCUCAUGAGAGCAGCCUUAAAGAUUAUAAUGGAAAAAAUACUGACGGAAAAUGUCUGCUAAAAUGCUGACAGCAGAAAUGUCUGCAAGCCUGGGCGCUGCCAGCCUGGGGACCAGGAGCAUCCUUGAGGAGCGCAGCUGGCAUCCGUGAAGUGCAGCUGGGUACCCGAGAGCCUGAAACAGCCCGAGAUACCCUCCAUAACCACAAAAACAACAACAACAAACUUCUCACCUGGAAAGGGGAAACUUAGUCAAAAAAGGUGAAAAACUGUCUGGGAAAGUAGGAAUCAGUGACAGGUAUUGGCUGCUUCAGCUGGAGGAAUAGAGAAACAGCCCGGGAAAGCAAAAAUUGGCCUGAGAAAAAUAGGAAACAAGAUUAUCUGUGGGCUGUUCCAAGUGAAACAGAAACAUCAGCUCCAAUAGUGGUGUCCUACGCCCCCUCAUGUCUCUGUGGUAUAAUCUACCCAAAACGGAGCCUCUCCCUGCAAGAAUUUCUCUACAUGAGACAGGACCCCAGCCACGAGAUGCCUGCCUGACUCCAGACUUCCUGACAUGGAUCAUCCAUGCAGGGAGACUUUGUCCAUCAUCGACUGGCCUCACUCCUGGGAGCGGUUUGAUGAGCACUAUACU